UAGCAGAGUCAGCUAACACUAUCUUCCCAUUUUCACAUUUAGAAUUUCUUGGGCUCGUGACUCGCAAAUCUGUACAUUUCCACUAAUUCUCACUACAUGAAUCAUAAUCCAGUAUAAAUUUCAGUUGCCAGCUUUAUCCAUCACCACCAACAAAUCUAUCAGUAUGGAUACUAAUGGCUGCUUCAAUUCACUUUGUCAUCUCUUUUUUCACUUUCUACUCAUUUUAUGUUUGUUCUUUCCACAUCAUAAUGUCUGUUUAGCUGAUGAGAAUCUCAAUGUUAAAUGCAUAGACACAGAGAGAGAAGCACUUCUUGUCUUCAAAAAUGGCCUAACUGAUCCUUCUGGCAGGCUGUCCUCUUGGGAAGGUAAAGACUGCUGCAAAUGGAGUGGAAUCAAGUGCCACAAUCAAACUGGUCAUGUCAUCAAGCUCAACCUUCGAAAUCCUUACCUAUUAAUCAAUGGUGGAGUUGGUGAUCGAGCAGCUUAUGAGAAGUCUUGUUUGGGUGGUAAGAUUAGUCCUUCUUUAAGUAACUUAGAGCAUUUGAGAUACUUGGAUUUAAGCUUGAAUGACUUUGAAGGUUCUCAAAUUCCUGAGUUCUUUGGUGGGUUCCAAAAUUUAGUGUAUCUUAACCUUUCUUUCUCAUCAUUUGCUAGAGAUAUCCCAUCUCAACUUGGAAAUCUUUCGAGUUUGCGCUAUCUUGAUCUCUGUGCAGAUUCAUUUAGCAUUUCAGGAUCUUGGGAGUUACGUGCAGAUAAUUUGCAUUGGCUCUCAGGUCUUUCUUCCUUGAAAUACCUUAACAUGGGAUUUGUUAAACUCAGUGGUGUAGGAGAAGAUUGGCUGCAUGCUAUUAAUAAGCUUCCUUCCCUUGUAGAGUUAAGGUUGCAUUAUUGUGAACUGCAAGGUCUUCCACAGUCAUUUCCUUCCAUAAACUUCACUUCACUUUCUGUUCUUGAUUUAUCAGACAACUCUUUCAAUUCUGCAAUCCCUCAAUGGUUGUUCGAUCUUACUAGCCUUACAAAACUUUAUCUUGUUUGGAACUUUUUUAAUGGUCCUAUUCCUAGUGAAUUUGCAAGACUGAAAUCUCUUGAAGUUCUUGAUUUAUCCAACAAUUUGGGUCUCGAUGGUCAAAUUUCUAGAGUCUUUGGAAGUCUAAAUGAUUUAAAGAUAUUAGAUCUUUCUGCAAAUGCUUUCAGUGGUGAUGUAUAUGAGUUCUUGGGUGGUUUUUCCGAUAAUCCGAAUAACAGCUUAGUAUCACUGUAUUUAAGUUCUAAUUCAUUGUCAGGGGAACUACCUGAAUCAUUAGGAGUGCUUAAAAAUUUGCAGAAUCUUGACCUUUCUGGUAACUCUUUCUGGGGUUCCAUUCCAACAUCUGUAGGAAAGUUGUCAUCCUUGAAGCGAUUGUAUCUGAGUUAUAACAAGAUGAAUGGGACAAUCCCAGAGAGUUUUGGCCAACUCUCAAACCUGGUUGAUCUAAACCUCAUUGCAAAUUCCUGGACAGGAUUGCUGCACGAAACCCAUUUGGUGAAUCUCAAAAGUCUUGAAAAUAUCCGACUGACGACAGAGUCACCUAGAUACUUGUUCUUUAAUGUAUCAAAGAAGUGGGUUCCUCCUUUCAGACUCAAAUCCGUCCAACUUGAGAAUUGCAUACUAGGUCCUUCUUUUCCUAUGUGGCUUCAAGUUCAAAGUGAACUUACUGAUGUCAAUUUAAGAAAUGUUGGAAUCUCAGAUACUAUACCAGAGGAAUGGUUCUCAAAACUGUCUUCUCAAAUCACUUUCUUGGUUAUAUCAAAUAACCAAAUCAAGGGGAAGUUGCCAACUCAAUUGAUAUCUCCGAAUUUAAGGUAUAUUGAUUUGAGUUCUAAUCGCUUCGAAGGUCCACUCCCACGUUGGUCUACUAAUGCAUCCGAGAUUUACCUACAGGAUAACUCAUUUUCAGGGUCUAUACCUGAAAAUAUUGAUACCCUAAUGCCAAGGCUGCAGAAAUUACAUCUUUCUUCCAACCAUCUUAAUGGUAAAAUUCCAUCCUCAUUCUGUGAUAUAAACAGCCUGCAAGUUCUUUCACUUAGGAGCAAUCAGUUUUCAGGAGAACUUCCAAAUUGUUGGCGUCAUUCGCUAAUGUUCUGGGCUAUUGAUGUGUCAAACAACAGUUUAACAGGUCAAAUUCCAAGUUCAUUUGGUUUAUUACCUUCCCUUAGUGUUCUACUACUGAGUAACAAUAAUCUUGAUGGAGAGAUUCCUUCUUCUUUGCAAAAUUGCUCGGGACUAACAAGCAUUGAUCUUCGAGGCAAUAAGCUAUCAGGGAGCCUACCUUCAUGGAUUGGUGAAAGGUUCCAAUCUUUAUUUAUGUUACAGCUUCAUUCAAACUCUCUGAGCGGAUCAAUCCAACAACAAAUAUGUAAUCCUCCAAAUCUUCACAUCUUAGACCUUUCGGAGAACAAAUUUUCAGGGGCUAUUCCAACAUGUAUUGGCAAUCUGAAAGGCUUGGUCAGUGGUAAUAACAGCGAGCCAUUUCUGCGGCUACUAAUAAGUGCAAUGAAAGGAAAAACUGUUGAAUAUACCAACAUUGUUGCGGCUAUCAAUGGGAUUGACCUGUCUGGAAACAAUCUAACAGGAGGAAUUCCUGAUGAGGUAACAAAGCUCCUCGGAUUGCGAGUCUUGAAUCUAUCCAGAAACCAGCUAAGUGGAAAGAUUAAUGAGACGAUUGGAGACCUUAAGGACUUAGAAACACUUGAUCUGUCACGCAACCAUCUUUCAGGGUCAAUUCCUGAAAGCCUUGCUUCUUUGAAUUACCUGGUGAAGUUAAAAUUAUCAUACAAUAACUUGGAAGGAAAAAUUCCAGCAGGCCUCCAGAAAUUUAAUGAUCCAUCAGUCUUUGUUGGUAAUCCAUCACUAUGUGGAGUUCCUCUUCCAAAUAAAUGCCCCGGAGGUCAUAGAAUGUUGUAGAAUAGUCAGUGUUGGUGCAACAGAAGCAAUAAAGAUGCCAAUGUCUGUGAAA